GUAAACCGAUACUAUUAAUUAACAAGAAUGACCAGCUGUCUCAACCGGGGUUGAAAGCUAAUGGGUUUGGUUGGGCUAAAGCCGUGUGGUAGAAUGCUUCAAAACUACAUAGACUGGUGGCAAUAGAGAUUCAUCCUCCCACGUUCUCAAUCUGACAAGCAUUCGGCAAUAACAGGGCAAAAAAAUAAAAAACCUGCAAUUUUAUCAGAAAAUAUGGUGCGCACGGCACAAUUCCUUCCUUUAAAGAGACCUCUUCCUUGGGUGUCACAGCGAAGGCGACAAUAAUCAGAUCAAAAACAUAGCUCAAGCGAGAAACAAAACAACAUAGUUGCGACCAUGGGCACUGCUAGAAACUGGUUCAACACAGUCCGAAAGAAGUUCAUCAAAUCAUCUCAAAGAGAGAUCAUCAUUCUCCACAGCCCAAGUCUCAGCGCCCAGUCAAUCAUUGGAGAAGGUAGAGACUUCCACAACAACUCAUCAGCUUCAUCACCAUCUUCUGUCCGAAGAAGAAAACAUUUAACCAGAGAAGGCAUUGCGGCAAUCAAGAUCCAAGCCAUUUUCAGGGGUCACCUUGCAAGACGAGCAUACGGAGCAUUGAGAAGCCUGGUUAAGCUGCAAGCUGUGGCCCGAGGGGUGUAUGUAAGGAAACAAGCACGAAUAGCACUGCAGUGCAUGCAUGCACUCGUUCGGUUACAGGUCAGGGUUCGUGCUCGCCAACUCCUCAGCAAGUAUAGCCAUGACCGCUAACCAGAGAUCAUCAAGCAAAGUUUCCAAUACAGAAUAAUUGCUUUACUCUUUCAUCUCAAAAUUGUCACUACCAUGAGAAACAUGCUGAGUCUUGAUUAAGGAGUUAAGAUUCUAUUUAAUCCUUGGCAUUUAUCUUC